AUGGAGCCAGCAACAGAGGCAGAUUUGAAGGCUGCAACGCGUCAAGGCACCAUUCUGGCGAUUCGAGUCGACGGGAAGCGGUAUGGACAUGGUUGGGUGGAUGGAGGGUGGUUUCAGAAAGUCCCAGGAUGGGUUAAAGCCCUUUUUGGGAUUCUUGGGUGGAUGGUUGUGGUUACCUCCUUGACCCUGUUUUGGAAGUAUGUGAUACCGGUGAUUUCCGGCUUGUUUGGCAGCUUCAUGGACAUGGUAUUCCCGGUUUGGUGGCGACGAAAACUCCCGUCUGCCUUCAAAGAACACUUUCAUAUUGAAGCCGAGGUCAAACCAGAACCAGAAGAGGAUGGCUUUCUCAAGAGGAAGAAGCCCGUGUCGUACGUCUACACUUAG